AAAACAGAGAGGUUUUGUACUGGGUCCGAGAUGGCGAAAGAAGAAACGUACUUAUGUCUGCUGUCCGACAUCGACAGGCUAAAAUCUUUGGAAUAAUAUACGGUUUAAGAGAGACGAAAGCUACAUUACUAUCAGCUCGAGAUCAUCUCGGCAAUAACAUAUUACAUGUAGCUGGGACGUUAACAGAAUUCUCUCCGCCUGAUCACAUCACAGGUACUGCAGCUUUGAAGAUGCAAAGAGAAUUACAGUGGUUCAAGGGGGUGGAGAAGUUGUGCAAUCCCAUGUAUAGGAACGAAAGAAACUUCGCCGGUUUGACUCCUGAACAAGUGUUCACGCAGACCCACAAAAAGUUGAUUGAAGAGGGAGAGCGAUGGACGAAGGACACGGCAAGUUCUUGUACAGUGGAGGUGGAGAGCCUUUGCAAUCCAACGAUUACAACCUUUAUGAACGCAGAUGGUUUGACUCCUAGACAAUUGUUUACAAAGACCCACAAGGACUUGAUGAAAGAAGGAGAGCGAUGGAUGAAGGACACAUCAACUUCUUGUACGGUAGUAGGUGCUCUCAUUAUCACUAUUAUGUUUGUAGCAGUAUUUACGGUUCCAAGUGGUAAUAACCAAGAUACAGGCUUGCCAAUAUUCGUACAUGAUAACUUGUUUAAGAUCUUUAUAAUAACUGAUUCCCUGUCGCUUUUUUCUUCCUCGGCUUCAGUAUUGAUGUUUUUGGCGAUCCUCACAUCACGAUACGUUGAAGAAGAUUUUCUCAAAUCCUUGCCUAAAAGAAUGAUAAUAGGCAUUUGCACCAUCUUCUUCUCUAUUGCAACUAUGAUGAUAGCCUUUUCUACUGCUCUUGUAUACUUAGAGUUUGUACCUAGUGUUACUAAAAAAAAAUCAUAA